GCGCUGGUAGCGUGCGCGCGCCUCCGCUCCAAGUGGCACCGAAGCGACAAGCCCCCUUGUGUGGACACCGUGUACCGGAGUCGAUGCACCUGUGAGACGAACGUUCAAAACACCCCCAAAACCGCCAGGUGGUCACCUGCAACCAGGAUUUCACAAUAUAUCAAACGAACAGCUCUCUGGGGACCUAAAACUGGAUUUACCAUUUCGAUGCUCUUGCUGGGUCUGAUUGACGGAGUAAUGGAGCAAAGAGAGACGAGCAGAUCCCACGUCUGCUUAAUUUCCCAGUGUGCAACAUGAAGGAGAAAGUUCUGCUUAACAGUAUAUCCAGAGGAUUUGUUUCCAGCAGAACCUUGGACCAUGAGUCUUGAAAACAUAUGCACGGAAGUGUAAAAGAAAAACAAAGAAAAGAAAAAACAACUAUCUAUAAGUUACCUCCUAUGCCUGUGUGGACCCUCAGGAGGGAAGCAAAGACCAAUGCCUGCCAGCUACUCGACAAUUUCCCAAUGUGAACGGCCUCAAGACUGUUAACCGCAACGACUGUUAUCCAUUUACUGCCCUUGUCACUUUAGAUACAUAUUUUUUCUAUAGCGACCUCUAAAAAAAUAUGAAUUAGUCUAAGCAGACUGAAUUCCAAUCAAAUAUCCUGUUGGAUUAAUAUAUUUUUUGCAAGUAUGGAUCUCAUAAGUUUUUCUAUCAAGCUGCAGAUGUUCCUCAGCACAUGUAUGGGCCUGCAAUUUUUAGGCACACCAGGUCAGUGGGCUCGUUACCUCCGCUGGGAUGCCAGUAUCCGUGGUGAUCUCAGCUUCCAGUUUAAGACAGAUUUCUCAGAGGCACUGCUGCUGUACUUUGACGAUGGAGGCUACUGUGACUUUCUGCAGCUGUCUGUGGUUGAGGGUCUUCUUCAGCUGCGUUUUAGCAUUGACUGUGCUGAAACUACAGUUGUGUCUGACAGAAGGGUGGAUGACAACAACUGGCACUUUGCAAUUCUAAGCAGGUAUAACUUGCGCACUGUUCUGGCACUGGACGGAGAGGCCAAAGCGGAUGAGGUGCGGCCUCAGCGCCAGUACAUGAAAAUUGUGAGUGACCUGUUCCUGGGUGGAGUGCCUCAGGAUAUCCGCAGUGGUGCGCUCACACUGCCUACAGUGCGAAACAUGCAGCCCUUCAAGGGCACAAUCACAGACCUGAAAUAUGGCAAGUCACAGCCUCUGUUCCUGGGAAGUCUCAAAGUACUCCUGGAGUCUGAGGGGUGGUGCACCAUGAACCCAUGUGAGAAUGGCGGCAAAUGCACAGCGGUGGACGGACAACCAGUCUGCGAUUGCUCCAAAACAGAAUACAAGGGCCGCUUCUGCACAGAAGAGGUCAGCAGCAAAACAUCAGGCCUUGCACACAUAAUGGCAGAACAAGCUAAAAGCAAAGGUACAGCUUUUUCAAAAUCUUUCCUUUUUCGACUUUAUGAAAAGCAACGCUUGCUCACGAGGGAAGAGAAUGUGGCCACAUUCCGUGGUUCAGAAUACUUCUGCUACGACCUCUCACAGAACCCAAUCCAGAGCAGCAGUGAUGAGAUCACACUCUCCUUCAAGACAUGGCAGCGCAAUGGCCUUAUACUUCACACUGGCAAAUCGGCUGACUAUGUCAACUUGGCGCUGAAGGAUGGUGCCGUCUCGCUCGUGAUCAACCUGGGCUCUGGAGCCUUUGAAGCAAUUGUUGAGCCAGUCAACGGAAAGUUCAAUGACAACUCGUGGCAUGAUGUCAAAGUGACUCGCAACCUACGGCAGGUGACAAUAUCAGUGGAUGGAAUUUUGACCACCACGGGUUACACCCAGGAGGACUACACCAUGCUUGGCUCAGAUGACUUUUUCUAUGUUGGUGGAAGCCCCAGCACUGCUGACCUCCCUGGAUCUCCUGUGAGCAACAACUUCAUGGGCUGUCUCAAGGAGGUGGUGUACAAGAACAAUGACAUCCGCCUUGAGUUGUCUCGACUUGCUCGGAUCGUUGACCCCAAGAUGAAGAUUCAGGGCGAGGUGUCCUACAAGUGUGAAAAUGUGGCCACGCUGGACCCCAUUUCUUUUGAGACUCCAGAGGCCUAUAUCAGCUUACCCAAGUGGAAUACCAAGCGGAUGGGAUCCAUCUCUUUUGAUUUUCGCACUACAGAGCCUAAUGGCCUCAUCCUCUUCACCCAUGGCAAACCACAAGAGCGCAAAGAUGCAGCCCGUAGCCAGAAGAACACAAAGGUGGAUUUCUUUGCUGUUGAGCUGCUGGAUGGAAGUUUGUACCUGCUGUUGGACAUGGGCUCAGGGACAAUAAAGGUGAAGGCCACUCAAACAAAGGUCAAUGACGGCGCCUGGUAUCAUGUGGACAUCCAGAGAGAUGGCCGCUCAGGCACCAUCUCUGUAAACAGCAGAAGGACACCAUUCACAGCAAGUGGUGAGAGUGAAAUCCUAGACCUGGAAGGCGAUAUGUACUUGGGGGGUCUUCCCACUGAUCGCACGAACCUAAUUUUGCCGACUGAGCUCUGGACAGCAAUGCUUAACUAUGGCUACGUAGGCUGCAUCCGUGAUCUCUUCAUUGAUGGUCGAAGCAAAGACAUCCGUCAGAUUGCUGAAGCACAAAAUGGUGCCGGGAUUAAGCCCUCCUGCAACAAGCAACCUGGCAAACAGUGUGAGAGUUACCCCUGCAAGAACCGAGGUGCCUGCAAAGAAGGCUGGAAUCGAUUUAUCUGUGACUGCACCGGCACUGGUUAUUGGUCCCGCACUUGUGAGAGAGAGGCUUCGAUCCUUUCCUAUGAUGGGAGCAUGUAUAUGAAAGUUGUGAUGCCAACCGUCAUGCACACUGAAGCAGAGGAUGUCUCCCUACGUUUUCGCUCGCAGAGGGCUUAUGGCAUCCUUAUGGCCACCACUUCCCGAGACUCAGCCGACACGCUCAGGCUCGAAUUGGAUGGAGGCCGCGUCAAACUCACGGUCAAUCUAGACUGUAUCAGGAUAAACUGUAACUCCAGCAAAGGACCGGAGAUGCUGUAUGCUGGGCAAAAGCUCAAUGAUAAUGAAUGGCAUACAGUACGUGUGGUGCGUCGCGGAAAAACCUACAAGCUAAUCGUUGAUGAUGAUGUAGCAGAAGGCCAAAUGGUGGGUGACCACACACGUCUGGAGUUCCACAACAUUGAAACAGGCGUCAUGACAGAGCGCAGAUUUGUUUCAAGCAUCCCAUCCAGCUUCAUUGGUCAUCUGCAGAGCCUCAGAUUCAAUGGCAUGCUCUACAUUGACCUGUGCAAAAAUGGUGACAUUGAUUUUUGCGAGCUUAAUGCCCGCUUUGGGAUACGUUCCAUUAUUGCUGACCCAGUCACCUUUAAAUCCAAGAGUAGCUAUCUAAGCCUGGCCACCCUACAGGCUUACACGUCCAUGCACCUCUUCUUCCAGUUCAAGACCACCUCCCCCGAUGGCUUCAUACUAUUCAACUCAGGAGAUGGGAGUGAUUUUAUUGCUGUAGAGCUGGUGAAAGGAUAUAUCCAUUAUGUUUUUGACUUGGGAAAUGGACCUAAUCUGAUCAAGGGGAAAAGUGAAAGGGCCCUUAAUGACAACCAAUGGCACAAUGUGGCGAUCACCCGAGACAACAGCAACACCCAUACGUUGAAAGUAGACGCUACAGCGACAAGUCAGAGCAUAAAUGGGGCCAAGAACUUGGACCUGAAAGGUGACCUUUUCAUUGCUGGACUGGGUCCUGGCAUGUAUGGUAGUCUGCCUAAACUAGUAGCUUCCAGAGAGGGUUUCCAAGGCUGCUUGGCUUCUGUGGACCUAAACGGGCGUCUGCCAGACCUCAUCAGUGACGCUUUGUUUCGUAGUGGGCAGAUUGAGCGUGGAUGUGAAGGUCCCAGCACCACCUGUCAGGAGGACUCCUGUGCCAACAUGGGUAUUUGCAUCCAGCAGUGGGAGAACUACACGUGUGACUGCUCCAUGACCUCCUACACUGGGACACAAUGCAAUGAUCCUGGGACCACAUACAUAUUUGGCAAAGGAGGAGGUCUCAUAACAUUCAAGUGGCCAGCCAAUGAGAGACCGAGCACCAGGACAGACCGGCUGACCGUUGGCUUUAGUACGUCGCUCAAAGACGGCAUCCUUGUCAGGAUCGACAGCGCUCCUGGUCUUGGGGACUACCUCAUGCUGCACAUACAACAAGGCAAAAUUGGUGUGACUUUCAACAUUGGGACAGUGGAUAUCAGUGUACAGGAGAGCAGUACCCCAGUGAAUGAUGGGAAGUAUCACGUGGUCCGCUUCACCAGGAAUGGUGGUAAUGCUACGCUGCAAGUUGAUAACUGGUCCAUCAAUGAACACUUCCCGACAGCGAACAGUGACAUUGAACGAUAUCAAAUGGCCAAUAAGAAAAUUCCUUUCAAAUACGCCAGGCCAGUAGAAGAAUGGCUACAAGAAAAAGGACGACAAUUAACCAUAUUCAAUACUCAAGCCACAGUUGCGAUUGGAGGAAGUGAUCGUGGACGGCCAUUUCAGGGUCAGCUGUCUGGUCUUUAUUACAAUGGCCUUAAGGUGUUGAACAUGGCCGCUGAGAGCAACCCAAACAUCAAGAUAAAUGGGAGCGUGAGGCUGGUUGGUGAUGUCCCCAGUGGGGCAGGCUCAACCAAGUCCACUGCCAUACCUUCAGAUGUGUCCACAACCUUUGUUGAGACUACUACCAUGAUGUCCACCACCACCACACGGAAACACAGAUCCUCUUCAACGAAGCAUGCAUCAGAUGACAUUGUGUCAUCUGCGGAGUGUUCCAGUGAUGAUGAAGACCUUGAGGAGUGUGAAACUGGUCAUCCAGGUGGGCUAGCACUUCCCACAGAACCAGGCGUCAGGCCGGGGCCUUCAGAAGUAGUCCGGGAAUCAAGCAGCACCACCGGGAUGGUCAUCGGAAUAGUGGCGGCCGCUGCCCUGUGCAUCCUCAUCCUUCUUUAUGCCAUGUAUAAAUACAGGAACAGGGAUGAAGGCUCCUACCAGGUGGAUGAGAGUAGGAACUAUAUCACCAACUCAGCACAGAGCAAUGGUACUGUCAUCAAGGACAAACAGCAAAGUUUGAAAGGCAGCAAUAAAAAGCAGAAAAAUACAGAUAAGGAGUAUUACGUGUGACUGAGAUUUGAGAGCAAAAAGAAAAAGACAGCGCUUCAAGUACAUAUUACUUUGCUUGUGAGAAGAAACGACAAAUGAUGGUAUUAAAUGGAACUUGAAUGAUCCUUUACUGUGCUGAGUAGCUGAACUGAUGACAUGUACUAUAAUAUAAAGCACACUUACUUCUGUAAGCAUACAGAGAAGGCUUAAUAGCAACUUUAGAGACCUUACUAUUCUAUCUGGUCAGAGACGUUAUCAGAAUAGAAAUAUUUCCCAGCUACAUCAUUCUCCUAAGUGACUUUUAGAGCAAUGUGAUCUGUGACAUUAAGACAAAAAAUACAUUAUUUUGUAUGUUACAAAAGGCUAAUAGGCUUGACCAUUAUCAGCAUGUAAGCAACUUGUAGUGCUUAACAAGAAGGGGUCAAAGCAAUCGAUCGUUGUUCCAGUACAAAAAAAAGGACUUGUUGUAUCAGAAUAUGACAAAUUUGUAUGGUUUCUAAAUAAUAAUAGUGUGGUGUCCUAUUUAUUUUUGCUUUGAGCAAAAGAAAAAUGGAGGUAAAAACAAUAAGUAAACAGCUAUUUCUGUGUGUAAAAUUAAAUCAAGUGAGCAAAUGGAUAGCACUCACUGAAACUGUUCUCAUUGAAAUCGUAUUUAGUACAAUUAUUCUGAUUGUCUGACACACUUUGUUUAAAGUUGUGGGGCUUCUCUCAGAAAAAAAAGCGAAUGAUUGUAAAAUGCAUGUCAUCCUAACUUACAGUAUAAUAGUAAAGUCUACAGUCUUCAACUUGGACAAUAUUCUAUUUGAUGCAAAAUGAUUCUUAAUUAGACAGAACUAAACCCCUCCCACUUUGGGACACCCCAAAAUAUUAGCUAUGGAAAAAAAUAGCUCUAUAAGCAGUCUGCUAUUCCUGCACAGCAAGUGGUGUUCUGAUCUUUUUGCAAAACUGUAUGUUAAUGUAUUGCCUAUCGUUCUCUUUUUCUAUGGAAGUGUCAGGAGAAACACAAAUGCAGUACUAAAACAUUGUUAACACGUGUAUACAGAAAUAAAUUUAAUGGUCAAAGUGUGAAUUCUAAUCUAUUGUCACACUCAACUGUGUCAAAAAAAAAAAAGUUUACAUAUUUUAUUACAUUCUAGCUGUUGUACUUUGUAGGUAGUAAAUUGUACAUAUACCAUAUGACAGUUGUCAUUUUUAGUACCUCUAUUGUACAGACAGAACACAAAUAUCAGCAUAUUUCAUGACAAAGUCUAUAAACUGUUAAUUUACACUGAGAAAAAGAAUGUGGAGAAUAAUAUUGAUAUUUCAUAAGAAAUAAAAGUUGUAUUGUUAGCCUAGCGCUCUAACCAGAGAUGUUUCUAAAGUUGCAUGAAUAUUUAUCUACUUGCAGUGUUCAACAAAAUAAGGUGCCCUUCCUUCUGUAUCACUGCUAUACUGUUUUGGGUUCCAAUAGUGUCAUUCAUUUUGAAAGAAAAUAAAGUCAGGAAUAUGACAAAUCA